AUGGGGGUCAGGGCCCGGGGCCGCCCCAACGAGCCGCCUCUGCUGCUGCUGCUGCUGUUGCUGCUGUGGCUGUUGCUGGUCCUGGGCCCUGCGGCCCAAGGCGGCCCCUCCUCCGCCCCACCAGUCCGGGACCUGGAUGAGUGUGCUGAAGGGACGGACGACUGUCAUGCAGAUGCCUUCUGCCAAAACACUUCCAAGUCCUACAAGUGCACCUGCAAACCAGGCUACCGAGGAGAAGGAAAGGACUGUGAAGACAUUGAUGAAUGUGAUAACGAACUCAACGGAGGCUGCGUUCAUGAAUGUUUCAACAUUCCUGGCAAUUACCGCUGCACUUGUUACGAUGGCUUCAUGUUGGCUCAUGAUGGUCAUAAUUGCCUUGAUGUGGAUGAGUGUCUGCUUAACAAUGGUGGCUGUCAGCACACAUGUGUCAAUGCCAUGGGCAGUUACGAGUGCCAGUGCCAAGUGGGGUUCUUCCUGAGUGACAACCAGCAUACUUGCAUUCAUCGUUCAGAAGAGGGUUUGAGCUGCAUGAAUAGAGAUCACGGUUGUAGCCACAUCUGCAGGGAAACUCCAAAGGGAGAAGCAGCCUGUGAUUGUAGACCUGGCUUCCAACUGGCAAAGAACCAGAGGGACUGCAUCUUGACAUGCAACCAUGGAAAUGGCAGGUGCCAGCACAUAUGUGAUGAUACGGCUAAUGGGCCUGAGUGUGGUUGUCACCCAAAGUACAAGGUGCACCCGGAUGGGAAAGCCUGCUUGGAGAGAGAGGAGGCUGUGCUGGAGUUCCCGGAGAACAACGCGACAGUAAUAAUUGACGUUGACAAACGAGUGAAACGGCGAUUGCUCAUGGAAACAUGUGCUGUAAACAAUGGGGGCUGCGAUCGCACCUGUAAAGACACCUCUACCGGCGUUCACUGUAGCUGUCCAGUGGGAUUCACCCUUCAAUUGGAUGGGAAGACCUGCAAAGAUAUUGAUGAAUGCCAGACCAGUAAUGGAGACUGUGAUCACUUCUGCAGAAACACUGUUGGCAGUUUUGAUUGCAGCUGCAAAAAAGGAUUUAAACUAUUAACAGAUGAGAAAUCUUGUCAAGACAUCGACGAGUGCUCUUUUGAAAGGACCUGCGACCACACCUGCAUCAAUUAUCCUGGCUCAUUUGAGUGCACUUGUGACAAAGGGUACAGUCUGUACGGCUUCACCCAUUGUGGAGAUGUUAAUGAGUGUAGCAUCAACAAUGGAGGCUGCCAGCAAAUCUGUGUGAACACCUUGGGAGGCUAUAAAUGUCAGUGUCACUCAAACCACAAACUUCACUGGAAUAAAAAGGAUUGUGUAGAGGUGGAGGGGUUCCUGCCCGAUAAUGUAUCAUCCCGAGUGUUGCUGCGCUGUGUUAAGAGUGGUGGAGGUGAGAGAUGCUUCUUGAUCUGCCAAUCAGAUAUUCACCUCACUUCAGGAUUUCAAGAUGCCUACACGAUCACCUGUGGCUCCUCUUCCCAUCCCAGGAGCAAACAGAAUAAAUCAAAUGACUUUUAUCACUCGGAUGUCUCCACCAUCAGGACAAGUGUAACCUUUAAGUUUAAUGAAGGAAAGUGUAGUUUGAAAAAAGCUGAGCUGUUUCCAGAGGGUCUGCGGCAAAAGACACCAGAGAAGCACAAUACAGUAAAAGAGAGCUUCCACUACAUCAACCUGACAUGCAAUUCUGGCAGAAAAGUCCCUGGAGCGUCUGACAGAACCACAUCAUCCAAAGAAAUGUUUAUCACUGUUGACUUUGAGCUUGAAACUAACCAAAAGGAUGUGUCAGCCUCGUGCAAUUUGAGCUGCAUUCGCAAGAGGACAGAGAAGAAGCUGCGCAAAACCAUCCGCCUCCUGCGGAAAACCAUCCACCGGGAGCAGUUUUUCCUCCGCUUCUCUGACAUCGAUCAUGAGGUGGCCAGAAGGAGCUCAAGAGCUCCAGAGCACCCCGCAGAAUCCUGUAGCGUGGGGCAAGGCUGGAGGGACAACCGCUGUGUUAGUUGUGCUGUGGGAACGUACUACGACGGGGAACAAGAACAAUGUAUUCUAUGUCCAAAUGGAACAUAUCAAGAUGAAGAAGGACAAAUAACUUGUGAGCCAUGCCCUCAUUCUGAGAAUACAGGGACUCAAAAGACAGCAGGGGCUCGCAAUGUGUCUGAAUGUGGAGGUCAAUGCCCACCUGGUGAAUAUUCCUCUGAUGGCUUCUCCCCAUGCCAGGCCUGCCCCCUGGGCACCUACCAGCCUGAACCUGGCCGCACUUCUUGUUUGUUAUGUGGUGGAGACCUCCUCACCAAAUACCUUGGUGCUUCCAGUUUUCAGGAUUGUGAGACUAAAGUUCAGUGUUCACCUGGACAUUUCUACAACACUACAACCCACCGCUGUAUUCGCUGCCCUGGGGGUACUUACCAGCCAGAAUUUGGACAAAAUUACUGCAUUUCAUGCCCCGGAAAUACUACUUCUGACUUUGAUGGCUCCACAAACAUAACACAGUGUAAAAACAGGCACUGCGGGGGUGAACUGGGAGAUUUUACGGGCUACAUUGAGUCCCCGAACUACCCGGGGAAUUACCCUGCCAACACCGAGUGCACCUGGACCAUCAAUCCUCCACCUAAGCGCCGCAUUUUGAUCGUGGUUCCGGAGAUAUUUCUGCCUAUCGAGGACGAGUGCGGAGACCACCUGGUGAUGCGGAAAAGUUCCUCCUCCAACUCCGUGACAACAUACGAAACCUGCCAAACCUACGAACGCCCCAUAGCUUUCACCUCCAGAUCGAAGAAGCUAUGGAUUCAGUUUAAAUCCAAUGAGGGGAACAGUGCUAAAGGAUUCCAGGUCCCUUACGUUACCUAUGAUGAGGAUUACCAGGAGCUCAUUGAAGAUAUCGUUCGAGAUGGCCGGCUUUAUGCAUCGGAAAAUCAUCAGGAAAUUCUCAAGGAUAAGAAGCUGAUCAAAGCUCUGUUUGAUGUAUUGGCACAUCCACAGAAUUAUUUCAAGUACACAGCACAAGAAUCCAGAGAAAUGUUCCCAAGAUCAUUCAUCCGCCUCCUACGCUCUAAAGUUUCCAAGUUCUUACGGCCUUACAAAUGAGAGUCCCCUCCGCCUCACCAGCUCUGGAUGCUAAGCAGUGCCCAAACCUGAGAGGUUCUUAAGGGUCGGAGCUAUGCCUGUCUUCAGCCCGUGAGCACAAAGUCAGACUGGAGUCCUCUUUAGAGUUUGAUUUUCACAGACAAUACAGUUAUUUCGAUGAA